AUCUUGGGCUUCUCUAGAGUACAGGAAUCUUUCCCAUCCUUCCCAGGCCGGGCUUCCCUUAGCAACCACCCGCUCCUCUAAGCGGAAGGACGGUUCUUGGCCCGCCCCUCGCCUGGGUUUCCUAAACUAAUCGGAGCCAUGCCGGGAAGACCGGGACCCAAUCACGUCGGGAAGAACUACGUCCAGCCAAUGAGAGGUCGGAAUUAGAGGGCGGGCUGUAGGGGUCGCGGGCGCCUGCGCUGUUUGGGCCCAGGGCGCUCCGUGGGGGAUUUCUCGUACGUCCGGGGCCGGUGGAGGCACGUUGGGCCUGAAGAGUGUCUGUGUGGCCGCUGAUUCCUGCCCCUCACCAUGUUCCUCACCCGGUCCGAGUAUGACAGGGGUGUAAAUACUUUUUCUCCUGAGGGAAGAUUAUUCCAGGUGGAAUAUGCAAUUGAAGCCAUCAAGCUUGGCUCCACAGCCAUUGGGAUCCAGACGUCAGAGGGCGUGUGCCUCGCUGUGGAGAAAAGAAUCACCUCCCCACUUAUGGAACCCAGCAGCAUUGAGAAAAUCGUAGAGAUUGAUGCUCAUAUAGGUUGUGCCAUGAGUGGGUUAAUUGCUGAUGCAAAGACUUUGAUUGAUAAAGCCAGAGUGGAGACACAGAACCACUGGUUCACCUACAAUGAAACAAUGACUGUGGAGAGUGUGACCCAGGCUGUUUCCAACCUGGCUUUGCAGUUUGGGGAAGAGGAUGCAGAUCCUGGUGCCAUGUCUCGUCCAUUUGGAGUGGCAUUAUUGUUUGGAGGAGUUGAUGAAAAAGGACCACAGCUGUUUCAUAUGGACCCUUCAGGAACCUUUGUACAGUGUGAUGCUCGAGCAAUUGGCUCUGCUUCAGAAGGUGCCCAGAGCUCCUUGCAAGAAGUUUAUCACAAGGCUAUGACCCUGAAAGAAGCAAUCAAGUCAUCACUCAUAAUUCUCAAGCAAGUGAUGGAGGAAAAGCUGAAUGCAACUAACAUAGAGCUGGCCACAGUGGAGCCUGGCCUGAAAUUCCAUAUGUUCACAAAGGAGGAGCUUGAAGAGGUUAUCAAGGAUAUUUGAAGAAAGAAGGAUUCUCAAGAGUUUCUACAUGACUCUCUUUAACUUUCAACUUUCCUGAUUGCAAUUUUUAUUUGCGCUCUCUACCCUCUGGGAAGUGUCUCCCAUGGUAGUUGAUGUAUGUGUGUUUUUUACAAUUUAUGUACAUAAAGGAAGACUGAAAUAAAGAGAAACUGAAAACUG